UGAGAGAGAAGGCUGGUGUCCUACAAUUUUGGACUUGUCUAAGGGUGGAUUAGAAACAUACCUUCUCCACCAAGCAUGUCAUUUUUUCUGACCUUGAGAGGGCAAAAUGGUAAACUGACUUGAAUAAAAGGGAGAGAAAUGGCAUUCUUAUGAUUGUGUCCUUCCCUUUUACAACCUCUUUUGUUUUUACUUGAUCAACAAAAUUCAAGUCCAAGCAACAGCCAUUUCUCAAGACACUAUAAAUGUAUUCCAAAAGCAUCACAAAAGGAACUAUAAUCACAACUUUCCUCUCCUGCUUCUGCUUCUAUUUCAAGGCUCUUGGUUGAGGCAAAUCGACAAACAUGACUCGAAUGCUUACUUUCCUGUUCUGUCUCGCUUCCUUCACAUUUCUUUCCAUUGCCCAAGCUGACGGCAGAGCUCCUCAUGGCUUGGUAUAUGAGAGCCCGGUGGCCUUUUCUCCAAUGGCAUAUGAUUUCUUCCAUCCAAGCACUCAGAAUCCCAGUGGGAAAGACCCAUGUGGUGAUUCCAAAUGUUCCCCCCUUCCCCUUGCGGCACAAGUGCAAUCCACCCCUGCAAAAGAAAGCAAAUACUCCACAACGAUCCAGAACAGUAACCACCGCGUGGGGGCUGGGGGGAUUCUGGGAAUUGUGUUUGGCAUCACAUUUGCUGUGUUUUUGACAAUGGGAGUGUACUAUGUUCUACGUACACGCCAAGCCAAUGCAAACCGAGCUAUGUCUGCUGCACAACCUAGCGCUUGACAUGGGCAAAGCCAACAUGUUUAUCAGAUUAGACAAACACUUCGGCACUUCACUUCUCUUCCUUUGUGUAAUUCUUCACUCUUUCUUGCCAUGGCUUUACAUAUUUAUUGUUCUGUUAUAGAAGUAGGAGGCUAAUCUAAAGCUAUCAUCAAAAUUUCCCUAAACUUUUCAUCUUCAUCCCUCCUCUCCCUCAGUGUGUAAAAUCAAGUUUGUAAAAUUUUUGCCCCCUUGGAGUUUCUAGAUUUGCUCCUACUAAUAUAGCAUGCAACAAAUGUCAAAGAAAAUCCACAACUUUGCAUUGA